AGACAGUUACCGCGCGUCUCGCCAACCUCUGGCUGCCCUCCUUUCAUACGUAACCUUCUUUUCUUUUCUAGCAUUCUCCUUUUCCUUUCUCCUAUUUUCCAUUCAUCAUCGUCAAACUAAUAUUAUCCCUUCACUUCCUUCAGUUUCUCUCUUUCUCCUUCCAACUAAUUUCAGGUAUUCUUUCCUCUUAUCUCCCUUCAAUUUUCUGAUUAAUUUCUCUCUCUGCUUUUGCCUACUUCUCAAAUUCACUCUCUGGUUCUAUACUUCUAAAAGUAUUGCUUAACUAUGUUAACUUUGGAAUAGAGAGUACUUCAUUUCUUUUUUUGAAAAUUUAAAUACCCCUUCAAGUAUAGUCCGCAUAAAGUUUCUGCUUUGAACAAAAUUUUGCGUGUUGGACCACUGUGACAUGGAGCUGCCGGUUCAAAUUAUGAGAUUAGCCUUUUUGCUUAGAGCGUGCACUGUGCCUUUCUUUUGAGCUAUCGUUUCCCUUUACUUUUUUUUUUCUUUUUCUGCGUUAGGUGAACAUGGUUUCAUUUUUGUCAAUCAAGUAAUAUUUCAAGUGAUAGAAUGGAGGCAUUUUGAUGAGAUAGUAAUAAAAAUUCUGCUUGUCAAGCAUUGCACAUGUGCUAUAAUUCUUUGUUUUUGGGGCAACGAAAUGGUUGAAAUUUAGGAAUUUUCAAGCCUCAUUUUACUAAGGGAAAUCUUAUCUGGUAGUGACUUUUCUUGGAGCUAUUAAUAUUUGUUCAUUGGCGAAACAAAUUGUUCUAGCAUAGGAUGAGAUGAUACAAAUAUUCCGGCACAUUGCUGUUGUGAUAAUGAGAGAAAUAUUACGGCAUUGCGUGUGGAAUAGAAUUGAUUGGAGAAAACUACUGUUGGCUAGUGCCAUAACCACAGCGGUUGGAAUUUUGGGUCCAAGUUAUGUAGUUCCUUAUCCAAUGAACACGUGGCUCCUUUCUUCGUCUAUAAUAGUUUCAUCACCCAUAUCCUUGAAUGGUAGUUUGCAGUCUAGAGAGAGUGUAACCCAGGCAAAAGUUGAACAAUUUCAUCUUGUUCCAACUGCUCCUAUUCUUUCAGUGAAUUCGACAGUGAUACCAUCCAAGGCAGCUAGAGUAAAAGUCUCUGGAAAGAGAAAUUCUGUAGCCAGAAGGAGAAGAAAGAAGAGUAAGGUAAAUAAUGAUGCAAAGGUUGUACCUCCUGUGCCACCUCGCAUUCCAGCACCGCGUCAGUUGCAGAGAUACAUCUGGUCCUUGUCUCCAAAUGAUGCCCUCUUGUAUGCUAAAAAAGAGAUUGAGCAUGCCCCAGUGGUUAGUGAUGAUCCUUAUCUGUAUGCCCCUAUUUUUCGGAAUAUUUCAGUUUUCAAAAGGAGCUAUGAGUUAAUGGAGCUGAUACUUAAAGUUUACAUCUAUCCUGAUGGGAAAAGGCCCAUCUUUCAUCAACCGCAUCUCCAGGGAAUUUAUGCUUCUGAAGGAUGGUUUAUGAAGUUCAUGGAGGAAAACAGACAGUUUCUCACAAGGGAUCCAGAAAAGGCUCAUUUAUUUUAUCUUCCAUACAGUGCACGCCAGCUGGGGAUGGCACUUUAUGUGCCUAACUCACAUAAUUUGAGACCAUUGUCAAUCUUCAUGAGAGAUUAUGCAAAUAUGCUUGCUGCAAAGUAUCCCUUUUGGAACCGCACACAUGGGAGAGAUCAUUUUCUUGUUGCCUGCCAUGACUGGGGUCCAUACACAUUGACUAUGCACACUGAACUAACAAAAAAUACCAUAAAAGCUCUAUGCAAUGCUGAUGCAUCCGAAGGUAUUUUUGAUACUAGCAAGGAUGUUUCUCUACCUGAAACGACAAUAAAGACUCCUAGGAGACCUCUUAGAAAUGUUGGUGGUGGGAUAAGAGUAUCAGAGCGUCCAAUCCUUGCCUUCUUUGCUGGAAAUAUGCAUGGUAGGGUCCGCCCAAAGCUUCUAGAAUACUGGAAAAAUAAAGAUGAAGACCUGAGAAUUUAUGGGCCUCUACCCAUUAGAAUAUCUCGAAAGAUGAGUUAUGUUCAACACAUGAAAUCCAGUAGAUAUUGUAUAUGCCCAAUGGGCUAUGAAGUGAACAGCCCUCGGAUUGUUGAGGCCAUAUAUUACGAGUGUGUUCCAGUUAUCAUUGCAGAUAAUUUUGUCCUCCCUCUUAGUGAUGUGUUAGAUUGGAGUGCUUUCUCUGUUGUUGUGGCUGAGAAGGAUAUUCCCAAACUGAAAGAGAUUCUGUUGGCUAUCCCAUUGAGAAGAUAUCUUACAAUGCUAACUAAUUUAAAGAUGCUUCAGAAACAUUUUCUUUGGAACCCAAGACCCCUCAGAUAUGAUUUGUUCCACAUGAUUCUGCAUUCCAUCUGGCUUAGUAGGUUGAACCAGAUUCAAAUUCCAGAGUCGUAGUAAAGUCCUUAAAUUUACUAGCAAAACGUGGUUGAUUUUGGAUGAUGAGUUGAAAAGAGCUGAAGCUCGUAGCAGGCUAGUUGGAAUUUUGGACCUGAUACAACCAUCAUUUGUUUCCCUGGAGCUGGUUUGAUGUAUAGACAUUUAAGAAGGGAUAAUCCAUGAUGCAGGUAAGUUGUGAUUUAGUAUCUUUAUUAUCAUCUAGUUACAAUUAUAUGAAAUUUCUUUUGCUGAAUGGCCUGUGACAAUGAUACCUUCAACAUCUUCACUUGCAAUAAAUGGGACCUGGUGCUGCAAAAAAGUACCAAUGAUUGCUGCGAACUUUUCCAGUUUUGUUCAUAUUGUUGUAUUGUCACCAAUCAAAGGACCACGUUAAAUUUGUAGGGUUCCAUUCAUCCAGUGAUGACUCUUUCUAUUGUUGCAAAUCACAGCCACACCGUCUCUGCCUUCACGUUUAGAUUGAGAUUUUAUUUGUCUUCUUGAAUUAUUACAUACAUUUUCUAUUGCAGGGAAAGAGAAAGACAACAAUGUGGUCGACAUAACAACGUACUGCAUUAAAAAACGACUAAUCGACUACGGAAUUUUCCCUAUUUUCUAAAAUAUCUGUAUUAUCAUACUGCAUAUAGAGAGAUCCAAACUCCUGUUUUUCCCUGUUCUUUGGGCAAUGCCUGUCCAUUAAACUCGAGGCUCCCACCUAAGAUAGACUUUUAUUUUUGGUUUAAAAGUACUAGCAAGUUGAAAUGUAGAGACAAACCCUUGUCCUGAACAUAGAUGCGACCCUUUUCUUGUGUACUAUUAUUGCAUUAAAAGUCUUGAUUAACAUUA